AUGGUAGUUCACCCGAAGGUGCGAUGGGGGUCAUCUUCAGCUUCGAGUCUUAAAGACCCGCAAAGACAGCUAGACGAAGCUGUCACUCUUGUGAACACUCUCCCUGGGUUUCGAGUUGUAGAAUCGACUAUCGUGGGGGUGGACUACAACACAAAGCGGAAACGAGUAUGGGGUAGGGGUCAACUUGAAGCAUUAGUAAGUAAGAAGCAACAAUCACGGGUCAGCGCUCUCAUGGUGAACGUCGACAUGCUUUCACCUAUACAACAGUAUGAGCUCUUCAAUGCUUUCCGGGUUCCAAUAUACGACCGGUACAACAUCGUUCUUUCAAUUUUCAAGCACUAUGCUAGAACGCCCGAGGCGCAUCUUCAAAUCCAGCUUGCUGAGAUACCCUACAUUAGGAGCCGCUUACAUUACCUCAACAAAUAUCGCUCC